AUGAAGACAGUCGGCAUCAUCGGCGGCAGCACCGACUUGGCUACAGUUGAGUACUACAAGCUCAUCAAUGCGCACAUUAGAGCAAAGCUAGGCGGCUUUCACACCGGCGAAAUCAUCAUCAACUCCAUGAACUUUGAACGAAGCGCACACUUCGUAACCAACAAUCUCUGGGACGAAGGAGGAGAGUACUUGCACGGAAAGGCAUUGAGCCUGGAAAGGGCGGGAGCCGACUUCAUCAUCUGCGUCUCGAAUACGUGGCACCGAGUUUCUGAGGCGUUCAUGAAGGAUGUCAAGAUCCCCCUCUAUCACAUUCUUGACCCGACAGCGGAGGCUAUCCUGGAUUUGAAGCUGCAGACUGUUGCAUUGCUGGGAACCAAAGCCACCAUGUCAUCAGACUAUCUGCCGAACGAAUUCAGAAGCCGCUUUGGAAUAAACGUCAUCGUACCAACAGAAGAAGAGCAGAAAUAUGUCGACGAUGUCAUCUUCAACGAGCUCGCCAAAUCUCAGUUCACAGAGGUGUCAAGGCAAGGGUAUCUGGACAUCGUGGACAGGCUGGUUUCUCGAGGCGCGCAGGGCGUCAUCUUGGGAUGUACGGAGAUACCGCUACUCAUUGAACAGAAAGAUCGGCCAGGUGUCCCGAUGUUCAACACACUGGAGCUGCAUGCUCGAGGCGCGGCGGAAAAGGCGCUGGCGGACUAG